UCGAGUCGGACGUACGCGAUUAUAAUCGAAUAAAAAAAAAUGACAAUCGAAUUAUAAAAUUAUUUUGUCUUUAAAAUAAACAGUUUAGUUACUUACUUAGUACUAGAGUUUAGUACCUAGUGUAACGGAAUUGUUAUCAUUCUUAUUUUUGUUUUUGUAAGUGAACGUUGAUCGUCUUCACGAUGAGGUUGUUUCUACUACUGGUGGGAUUGACGACGGUAAUCGCGGAUGACCUACCAGCGACUUGCAUCCGACCAGUUUACUGCAACAGUACGCUGCUCCAUUACGUUCAAAUGGCCAGACUCUACCCCGAUUCUAAAACUUUCGUCGAUUUUCAAAUGCGUAAAGACGAGAACGCAACACUGUCCGCCUUCCAAGAGCUGUUGGACCGCACGAAUCAUAAUCCAACGAAAGAAGACCUGCAGGAAUUUGUCGUUGACUUUUUUGAUGAAACCAGCGAACUUGAAGAAUGGAAACCGGAUGACCAUAAAGAAAACCCGCCUUUCCUCGCCAAAAUUCGUGAUGAAGGUUUCCGGGAAUUCGCUAAAGCUUUAAAUGAUAUUUGGCCAACUUUAGCCAGGCGCGUUAAGCCCUCGGUCCUUGAAAAACCCGAACAAUCUAGUCUCGUGCCUAUGACACAUGGCUUCAUCGUUCCUGGAGGUCGAUUUAAAGAAAUCUACUAUUGGGACGCAUAUUGGAUUAUCGAAGGUCUUCUAAUCACUGACAUGACCGAAACUGCAAAAGGAAUGAUCGAAAACCUAAUCGAGCUUCUGUAUAAAUUUGGCCACAUUCCCAAUGGAAGCAGAUGGUAUUACCAAGAACGUAGCCAGCCUCCUUUAUUGGCGGCCAUGAUAAAGCUUUAUUACGAAAAGACUAAGGACAUCGAAUUCAUCAGAAAGUAUAUUAGUGCUUUAGAAAAGGAAUUAGAAUAUUGGCUGGACACUCAUCUUAUCGCUUUCAACAAGGACGACAGAGUUUACACUCUCCUGAGGUAUUAUAUUCCAAGCGCUGGUCCUCGACCGGAGUCCUAUUACGAAGAUUACGAAUUGGCUCAGAAAUUAAACAAGACUACUGAUCCUAAUGAUAUUUACGCCGAUUUAAAAAGCGCCGCUGAGAGCGGGUGGGACUUUUCUACGCGCUGGUUUAUUUCAGAAAGCGGCGACAACAGUGGUAAUCUAACCAAUUUAAACACAAAGAACGUUAUCCCCGUAGACUUGAAUGCUAUUUUCGCCGGAGCGUUACAGAUUACGGCGAACUUCCAAGCUAUAUUAAAGAAUCCUCGGAGAGCGGCUCACUGGGGCUACAUGGCCGAACAAUGGAGAAGUUCUAUAGAGCAAGCAUUAUGGGAUGAAGAAGACGGAGUCUGGCACGACUACGAUAUAUUGAAUAAUAAGCCACGUAGAUAUUUUUACACUAGCAACCUAGCUCCCCUGUGGAUGAACGCUGUCGAAAAGCCACUUCUAGCUAAGCAUGGCGCUAGAGUCCUGGAGUACCUUCACGAAUCGCAAGCGCUCGAAUACCCUGGAGGUAUUCCCGUGUCUCUAAUUAACAGUGGUGAACAAUGGGACUUCCCUAACGCUUGGCCUCCAGAAGUCAGCAUUGUCGUUACGGCUAUCCAAAACAUUGGUUCCGAGGAGAGUAGUAAAUUGGCAAAAGAACUCGCCCAGGUCUGGGUGAGAGCUUGUAAAUCAGGAUUUACCGAAAAGAAACAGAUGUUUGAGAAGUACGAUGCGUUGAACGCUGGUAAAUACGGCGGCGGCGGUGAAUACACGGUUCAAGAUGGAUUCGGAUGGUCGAACGGCGUUGUCCUGGAGUUCUUAGAUAGGUACGGAGCUGUACUGACUUUGGUGGACUCUGUAGAUGCUAGUGCAAAUAACGGUCAGUCAAACGAAGAAUCUGAGACGGAUUCUAAGGAAAAAUAAAUCGUGGCCGAUUCGAGUAUGUAUAAAUCACGUUCUAUACGCCUGUACCGCGUGAUCGGGCUGCUUGGAGCAUGCGCUCAAGCUGUGCACAUUGUUCCCGCUUGUAACUCCUCAAUACAUUGCUCCGGUGAACUCCUGCAUAAAGUUCAGCUGGCCCGAAUCUUUCCCGACUCGAAGACUUUUGUCGACUUGAAACUAAAGUAUCCGGAAUAUCAAACUCUCGCAGAUUUCGCUGAAUUGAUGAAAGAGACACAUCAUGAACCCAGUCGCGCUAGUCUAGCUCGAUUUGUGGACAGUCAUUUUAUGGAAGGGAAUGAACUCGAAGAUUGGGAUCCACCUGAUUUUAAUCCCGAGCCGCCAAUCCUGGAAAACAUCACAGAUGUCAGACUCAAGCAAUUCGCGAAAGGUAUUAUUAGCAUUUGGGCCAAAUUAGGCCGAAAAGUCAGGCCAGAUCUCAUUCAAGAAGAAGACCAGUAUAGUUUCAUUUCGGUGCCCAACGGUUUUAUUGUUCCUGGUGGAAGAUUCAAAGAGCUAUAUUACUGGGAUUCGUUUUGGAUGAUACGUGGAUUAAUUAUUAGUAACAUGAUGCAGACAGCAAAAGGGAUGAUAGAAAAUCUGUUACAUUUGGUGGAAAAAAUUGGCUAUAUACCUAAUGGCAGCCGAAUUUAUUACCUAGGCCGCAGCCAGCCCCCCCUACUCACAGCAAUGGUCGCAAGUUAUUUUGCAGCCACCGGCGACAUCGUGUGGCUUGAACGACACAUCAGCACCGUCGAAAAAGAACUUCAAUAUUGGCUCGAAAAAAAGAAAGUCACUGUUACAGUUGAAGGUAAAAAAUAUAUUCUUCUCCGCUAUCUUUCUGACAGAAGAAGUAAAGGACCUCGUCCAGAAUCUUAUUAUGAAGACUAUACUAACGCACAAGUGUUACCCACUGAAGAGUUGCGAGAAGAUUUCUACAAUGAAAUGAAAAGUGCAGCAGAAAGUGGAUGGGACUUUUCGACUCGAUGGUUUGUUACUGCCAAGAAUGAAACUGUUGGCUGCUUGACUGACGUUCACGCGACUCGUAUCGUGCCUGUCGAUCUAAAUGCUAUCUUCGCUGGGGCCCUAGAACUUGCCGGUGACUUCAGGUAUCAUCUAAAAGACAGGCGUGAAGCGAAAAAAUGGUGGAGUCUUGCCAAAUAUUGGAGGAACGCGAUUGACGCCGUGCUUUGGGAUGCCAAUGAUGGUGUUUGGUACGAUUACGACACUCAAGCUAAAGCUUCGAGACGUCACUUUUAUCCAAGCUCCGCGACUCCGUUAUGGUCAGGAGCCGUGGAAAGCUCCGAAGCUCCACGGUAUGCGGCGAAAUUCGUAAAAUAUCUCCUGUCAUCUGGCGCGUUAAGCUUCCCUGGUGGGAUCCCAGCUUCCGUGCUACAUUCAGGUGAACAGUGGGACUAUCCAAAUGCUUGGCCUCCUUUACAGAGCAUCUUGAUCGGUGGCUUAGAGAUGAGCGGAAACGAAGAGGCAAGGAGGUUGGCGAGAGAACAAGCAAGAAUAUGGAUUCGCGCCAAUUAUAUCGGUUUUACUACAUGGAAUAAGAUGUUUGAGAAGUAUAGUGUAGUAGAACCAGGGCAUCACGGCAGCGGAGGGGAGUAUAUAGUGCAGGAAGGUUUCGGGUGGACCAAUGGGGUCGCCCUAGAACUCUUGCAAAUGUACGGGAAGGAGAUGACGUUGGAUGACAGCCCCGAAAAUUUGCCGUACCUAACGGUGGUAAAAUAAGUUG